UGACUCUUCAAAUUGAAAGAAAGGUCAUCACCUUUCAUUCAAUAGGUGCCCUUUGGGUUAGAGUUUCCUGGCCAAAAACUCUAUAAAUACCCAAUGAAGUUUGCACAAGAGGAAUCCGUAGAUUGCUAUCAAAAAAAUACUCUCUCAUUCGCCCUUCUUACUCAUCCGAAAAAUCCUUGCAUCUUUGAGUUCGCCGGAGUCCCGUCAACGGGAACGAAUCCGUUCUAUCCUGGGAGACAUUUGCUACGUUAGUCGGGCAAAAUCGUCUUAAGGAGACAACGCCAUUGUUGGGCUCGGAUUUACUGCAAUGAGUAACGAAACAAACAUCACUUUACCCAAAGCAAAUCCGCUCACCGCCUUUCCGGUCAGUUCAUCUCAUGGGGAGAAACCGGCUAAAUUCAACGGCCAUGACUUUAAGCGUUGGCAACAAAAAAUGUUAUUUUAUUUGACAACGUUGAAUUUGGCCAAGUGUCUCUCCGAGAAUCAACCUCUCUUAGAGGAAGGUGAGACUGAUUUGGAGAAGGUAUCAGCGGUUGAUGCUUGGAGGCAUUCUGAUUUCUUGUGUAGAAACUAUCUUUUGAACGGACUUGAUGACUCCUUGUAUUGUGUUUAUGCUGAUAUCAAAACAGCAAAAGAAUUGUGGGAAUCACUUGAGAAAAAAUACAAGACCGAGGAUGCCGGCAAAAAGAAAUUUAUUGUCGGGCAUUUUUUGGACUUUAAAAUGGUUGACCACAAAUCGGUUGUUUCUCAAGUUGAAGAGUUCCAACUUAUCCUUCAUGAAAUUCACGCUGAGGGUAUGUCCCUUAGUGAGUCUUUCCAAGUGGCGGUGGUAAUUGAAAAAUUACCUCCCAAUUGGAAAGAUUUCAAGAAUUACUUGAAGCAUAAGCGUAAGGAAAUGUCCCUAGAGGAGCUCAUUGUCCGUUUAAGGAUAGAGGAGGAUAACCGCAAAUCCGAGCACAAGGCUGGACGAUCAAAUUCCAUGGAGGCUAAAGCGAACAUGGUGGAAGCGGGAUCCAAGAAAGGGAAGAAGAGAAAGCACAAUGACGAAGGAACAAGUGGAGGGAAACCUUCGUCAAAGAAGUUCAAAGGAAAGUGCUAUAAUUGUGGCAAGCCCGGUCACCGUGCUAAGGACUGUCGUGCUCCUAAGAAGAAGAAGACCGGACAAGUCAAUAUUGUGGACGACCUCUCUGAUGACAUGGGUGAAAUGAACCUAUGUGCCGUGAUAUCUCAAUGCAAUUUAGUGGGAAACACUAAAGAAUGAUGCAUUGACACUGGAGCUACCCGACAUAUUUGUGCUAACAAGUGGAUGUUCACCGAUUAUCAACCCGUUGAUAACGAGGAACAACUAUUUAUGGGUAACUCUUCUACAUCCAAAGCAGAAGGUCGCGGCAAAGUUGUCCUUAAAAUGACCAGUGGGAAAACUCUAACUUUGAACGAUGUGCUACAUGUCCCUGACAUACGCAAGAAUCUGGUUUCGGGCUCCCUCCUUAGCAAAAAUGGUUUCAAGCUUGUCUUUGUGGCUGAUAAAUUUGUACUUACAAAGAAUGAUGUGUUUGUAGGGAAGGGCUAUCUCAAUGAUGGUCUCUUCAAAAUGAAUGUACUUACCGUUGUACCCAAACUUGUUAAUAAUA